AUGAGAUCCUUUGACCAAACAUCCUCACCUAUCUUCGUCCUCCAGCCGCAAAGCCCGCCACAGCCUUCCUACAAUAUUGCUUCAAAUAGGCCAACUUUCAACCCGCCUUUUGCCAAUAGCAUCACUGCUUCUCCACACUCAUCGUCUUGGGCGAAUCUCACACCUUCUCCCGUGUCAGCUUCAGCCGCAGGGCGCAAACGCUCGCGCGAUGAGGCAGCGCCCAACCUUGAGGAAGAUGUUCAACGCUAUACCCAGACCCCUGCGCCACCUGAGAACGAAGACGAGUGGGAAUAUGGUGAGGGUAUGACGCUGAUUAAACCCAGCGGCAGCGGCUACAUCAUCUCUGCCGGCAGCCAGACAGGGACAUGGGCCGAAGAGAAAGUCGAGGAAGAAAUAAAAUCUACCACUAUCCCGAAUCCUGAAAUGCCAGCCCAUCGCUCCGCCAAGAGCCAAAGGCUAGAUUACACGCCAUCGCAUUCAGCUGGGGAGCAGGCCCAGUAUGCGCCUGUCUCCCCUUCCGCCUGGCCAUCAAAUGAACACACAGAGCCAACGGUUGAUGACUUUACGCGACAUUUGGGUAUCGGCUGGUCAUUGAUCAGCGCGGACAGCGACAUCCAAGCUGCCGCGCGGGGCUGGUCGAAAUUCAUCGAUAAUCAUUUUCCGGUCACAGACGCGAAGAUAAGACUGCAAAGCAGGGGUCUGGCGAGUUACCUCGUCGAGGCGAAUGAGGGGUACUUCUUGUUCAGUGAAGAUCUGAAGCAAGGAAGAUUGGUGAGCACGAGCCUAGAGAAGACUUGGGAGAAUCUUCGUGGCCCUGUUCCUGUCUUCGAUGGAGAGAAUGUGAUGGAGGCUGGAGAGACACCAAAGACGAAUGGCGGACUGUCGCCCAUGGUUAAUGGAGCACACGGCCAAGGGAUGGCAAUGAAUGGAGUUGAUGGAGCUGCUGCCAACGGCGGUCAUAGCCUUGGGGGCCAGACUCUUGAGCUCGAGAUGGACAUGAGCUAG